AUGGUAUGGCUCGAUAUGGACGGAAUGCCUCAUCUCAGGGCACACCAGAUAUUGAUUAUCUUACAGUUCUUAAAAGAGAACGGCUACAGAGAAGCAGCACAUGAGCUGGAGCGAGAAUCGGGUGUAUAUUUCGAUUGGAGGUACUUUGAGCAGCUCAUGCUUGAUGGGAAGUGGAAUGAGGCGGAAAGGUAUCUUUCCGGUUUCACACACCUUAACGACAACAGAUUCUCAACGAAGAUCUAUCUGGCACUGAGAAAACAAAAGUAUCUUGAAGCUUUGGACAGCAAUGACGUCUCAAAGGCAGUAGAUAUACUCAGGAGCGAUCUAAAAGCUUUCGGGGCGAAUAGGGACUUAUUCGAGGAAUUAACUGAACUUCUGACAUUGAAUAAUAUCUGGACAAACAACAAACUUGCCAUGUUCGGACACAUACAGAAUGUGAGAAGCGCAGUGAGGUGGGAAAUAAAGAAUAAUAUUGCAGUAAAUCCUGCUCUGCGCGGAAAACUUAAUAUUCCUGGAUUCGAACCGUGUAGGUUGGGGCUUAUUAUAAAUCAAAGCGUGAACUGGCAGCAUUCCCAGUGUGCCCAUCCAGUACCAAAUCCUGUGAUACAUACGCUUUUGGCGGACCACUGCUGCAAACCUCCUGAAAGUCCGAUUUCCCCAACAUCAGGUGAUUCUUCGGCGUCUUCACAAGAAGUUCCAAUGCUGAUUUCAUCUUCCGUCAGAGGGCCUAGUCGAUCCACAUUAAUUCGCGCUUCGGAGCCUAAGGUUGCAGUUUGUCUGCCUCAUACUACUAACAUAGAGGGCCCGGCACGUACUUGCGAUUUGAAGACUAGAAGGCUUGAUAAGGCAAUCAUAGAGGUAACAUCAAUGGACGCUCAUCCUGCUCUAAGCCAGCAACCGACGUCACAGAUCCUUGAUGACCUGCCCAUUAAAGUUAUACAGACAUUGCAGGAGGAAUUGUACCCAACGGACAUUGAUUUUCACCCGAUUCGGCAUACAUAUCUUUUAGUUGGUACCGGAAAUGGAGAUAUCAGGUUAUGGGAAGUUGGUCCUGGAGUGAAACUAUUUUCUGCCGACUUUGAGGUCUGGAAUAUGGGAGCGUGCUCUACGAAGUUCAAGGAAGCUAUGAUCGGAGAUUCAAGUAUUUCUAUAACUCGUGUAAUUUGGAGUCCGGAUGGUUUAUUGUUUGGCGCGGCGCAUUCGAGACACUUGGUUCAGAUAUAUGUUUUUGGCGAGGGCAAUGAUGUUAUGCCGAAACUGGAGAUUGAAGCUCACGAUGGCCGUGUGAACGAUCUGGCAUUUUCUGCCACCGAUAAGCAGCGGUUUGUCAUAACAUGCGGCGAUGACGCGACUAUCAAGGCUUGGGAUGUGAUAGAUGGAGUCAAAAUGUUUACUUUUGAAGGUCAUACAGCCCCUGUUAAUUCUAUCCUCCCAACUACGAAGUCGGGCAUUCAUUUCAUCUUCUCAACAUCUGUGGAUGGCAAGAUAAGGGGAUGGCUAUACGAUGAUUUCGGGGCCAGAUUCGAUCACGAUGCUCCUGGAAGUGGAUGCCUGGUUAUGGCUUAUAGUAAUGAUAAUAGCAGGCUUUUUUCUUCCGGGACGAACAAGGAUGGAGAGUCGUUCCUCAUUGAGUUGGACGAACGUGAAGGCGCCAUAAAACGAAGCUAUGAAGGGUUGGAGAAACGUUCCCUGGACAUUGCACACUUCCAUACAGCCAAAAGCUUUUUAGCGUCAGGUGACGAGCAUGUGAUCAAAUUCUGGAGCAUGGACAAUGUCAAGCUUUUGGCAACUGUCGAUGCAGAAGGCGGCUUGCCAGCGAAGCCUCGCAUCCGCAUCAACAAGGAGGGAAGUCUACUUGCUGUCAUUGCAGAUGGAAACACUAUAAAGAUCCUGGGCCCUAAUAACGCUUCUCAAUUGCUCAAAACAAGCGAAAGUUGCUCUCCUAUUGCCCCUAGUGUUACUUCUGAAGCUCCGAUGAUGGAUGUUGAGGUGCAUGCGGCCCAAAGCGGCUCUUGUUGACAAAUGGUGAAGCACCAAGUUCUUCAAGGUCUGCGUUUGGCGGUCCGGAGCGGAGCACAGCCUUGGCGGCAAAUUUAUU